AUGACGUCGAACAAGUUGUCCGACCCAUACGCCCAUACUCCUCCUCUUCCUCUCCCCAUAGAGAACCUAGGCAAGGAGGUACCUCUCAAUAGAAGUCAAGAAGAGAAACAGGACACCUACCCCAGCUCAUCAUCUGGGAACAAUCUCAAGGCAUUCUCGUCACACAGUCCGCGAGCUCUCAAAGAUUACCUCUGCAGCCCGAACCAGGGCGAAGUAUCUUCAGUUGAUCUUCACACUCCUCCCACCGACUCUCAGAGAGAUAAACUCGGUUCUGGAGAUGUGCGUGAAGCCAGGCACAAACGGAGCAUCGACACCCAACUUAACCCACCUCGAGAGUAUCACAAGCCCAAGACUAGUCACCGGUCUCAGUUCACCAUCCCAGAGCGAAAGCCCGGACUCAAGCUGCUAGAGAACUGGCAUUCCGAAUCCAACUAUCCUUGCAACAAAGAUUAUGCCGAACAUAGUGAUUCCACCUUUAAGCCUAGAGUCCUCGCUAAGCAGAUCGACCCCGAGAUACCUCUAUCCCUACACAACUGGCAUAGCGAAAUCAACUUUCUCGAACCACUCGCUCUUGAAGCAGAUAUUCGCCAAGAGUAUGCUGUUCAUGCUACCUACAAGAAGGACCAUCACGAUGCUAGUGUCAAAAAGAUCAAUGAUAAGCGACAGGCCACUGCAGAACAGGAGGCCAUCAAGAUGCUCGACUGGAACACUCCAAUGGAAUUCCAUGAUGUGCCCCGCCACGUACAACAAGCAAUAUACGACGACAAAGUUGAAGUUUCCGCUUUGACCAGAAAGAUCGCAAUCCGCGAUGGACACGUCGAAGGCAUGAUUGCUGGAGAGUUCACUUUCCACCCAGAUACCUCUCACUUACCACUAACCGAGGACCAGACGGCGGUUCUUCGUGAAGCUGAGAGUUUCCAGGGGCUGUUCUCGCUGGAAGAGGUCAAUGAAGAUGAAUAUGAUAUUCUUCAGAAGACCUCAAAGAAGGUCAAGCCCCCAAACAAGUCCUCUACUUCCAAAUCUUCCAAGUAUGAUCUGUGGCUCAAAGAGCAGUCAUCCAAUUCCUGCCCAGCGUCUAAGUGGCUUGAUGACGAGGUGGCCUUUUCGAAGAAGAAGGCAUGCAACAAAGCCUUUUCCAAGCAGGUCAAACAUUACUUCCCAACUUUCAACUCACCCUAUCUGAAAGAACUUCCCAAGGCCGUCGACACUAACAAACUUGAGUGGGAAACCGAAUAUUUCCCCUAUAUACUCCCCAAGACUGAUAAUGACGCUGAGCGCCACAAUAUGUACGAAACUCCUGUCAAGGUUGAUGUUCCAAAAUGGUUCCCAACCUUCACCAGCUAUGGCGUUGUCCCCAUCAACCGCCGCAACAGCAUCGAGAAGCAGUACAAGGAAUUCCUCACCCAUAUCUGGAGACUCGAGAACCAGAUGCGCAGCAAGAAAAGCAACAAAAAGUGGGAUAAGAAAUGGCACGAACCCAGCUCUCGCUGGUCCGAACCUUUCCAGAAGGAGCAAUUCUGUCACAAGUAUCAUAAAGGUCAAGAAUGGGUCACGUUUGAAAAGGCCGCGCCGCGCGAUCUUGUCGAGCAAGAUGUGGUUUCUGGGGAAUUCAGCUUCGAUGAUGUUUUCGACAUGGACGGUAGUGAUAACAACAAAGCCAUUGGUACGAAGAAGCCCGAAGUUUGUCUCAAGGAGAUCGAAACGGCGGUGAAGAAGGCCAUUGCGAAGGUUGGUAUAUGA